GGAGAGGCGUGAGCCACCUUAAAUACAGGACCGUUGGUACCUGAAGAAAGUCAACGAGAGAGCAUCAAGAAGCAACGAUGGCGCUAGAGCUGUACUUGGACCUUUUCUCUCAGCCCUGCCGCUCAGUGUACAUCUUCGCAAAGAAGAACAACAUUCCCUUUGAGUUCAAAACGGUGUCGCUGAUGAACGGUGAUCAAUGUGGAUGUGAGUUUCAGAAGAUAAACUUGAUAAAAAAAGUCCCUGCUCUGCGAGAUGGAGACUUCCGCCUGGCUGAAAGCAUUGCCAUCCUGCUGUAUCUGGCAGAUAAGUUUAAGACUCCAGACUUCUGGUACCCAGCUGACCUCCAGCAGCGUGCUCGCGUCAACGAGUAUCUGUCGUGGCAGCACAGUGCUAUGCGUCUGCAUGGAUGCAGGAUAUUCUGGCUGCGGGUUUUGAUUCCCAAGGGUCUGGGCAUGGAGGUCCCGCAGGACAAGCUGGACGCAGCCUUGGAGGACCUGAACAACUCACUGAAACUCAUCGAAGAAAAGUUCAUCGAGGAUAGGCCCUUCAUUGCAGGAGAUAACAUCUCCUUGGCCGACCUGGUUGCCAUUGUGGAGAUCAUGCAGCCUGUGGGCGCCGGUCUAGAUGUGUUUGACGGGAGACCCAAGCUGAGUGCGUGGCGGGACAGAGUCCGGGCCGCCAUUGGAACGGAGCUGUUUGACGAAGUCCACCAGAAUGUCCUUGGAGCCAAGGACAACGUGAAACUGAUGGACGCCACCACGAUGGCGAUCUUCAAGCCCAAGAUCAAGUUAUUCAUGUGAAGAGGAGAAAAAUGGUUCAGCCCAAACUAUCUUGGCAAAAUGCCCUUCUCUUGCCUGACAAUAAAGAGAUUACACAUAACA